AUGCGACCUAGGAGCCGGAAGGAUUUUGCGCUCGCGAUUAUCUGUGCCCUUACGCUGGAAGCCGAAGCUGUCGAAGCACUUUUCGAUCAAACCUACGAUCGAUUCAGCAUAAAGUACGGCAAACGAUCAGGAGACGCGAAUUCCUAUAUAGCCGCAAGCGUGGCAUCAAGUCUCCGAGUCAGCUAUACGGGAAUCCAGCUUGCCCUGGUUGUUGGUGUCUGCGGAGGGACUCCAUACCCGUCAAAUGGUCAAGAAAUCUUUCUAGGCGAUGUCAUUAUCAGUGACUCUGUGAUUGAAUAUGAUUUUGGCACACAGUACCGGGGUGGGUUCCAGCGAAAGACCGGUGUCCAGGACACACUAGAGCGGCACAAUCGAGAAAUUCGGACAAUCCUCGCAGGCCUUAAGACAAAACGCGCUCGUAGCGAAUUUCAGCACCGGAUGUUGCAGCAUCUUCGCAAGAUCCAGCAAUCACAAGCCGAGUGGCAACGGCCAAGCUUUGUUGACGAUGUCCUUUUUAGGGCCUCUUAUCAUCACAUGCAUUAUAAGCAAACCUCUUCAGCAAAGUGCAUUUGUGCUAAUAAUGCCUCACUGGAUAAUAUUUGCAAAGACGCGUCAGCGAAACUGUGUACUAGUAUCGGCUGUGACGAGAGUCAAAUUAUUCGUCGCCGACAACACGACGAAGCUGACAAGCCGUCAGUUCAUAUUGGAACAGUCGCGUCUGCUGAUACAGUGAUGAAAUCAGGGAAGCACCGUGAUGAACUCGUGAAAUCAGACCGUAUUAUUGGCUUUGAAAUGGAGGGAGCAGGGGUGUGGGAUAAUGUCUCUUGCACCAUCAUUAAAGGUGGAGUUGGAAAGACCCAAAUAGCGCUCGAAUUGGCUCACCGUAUGCGAGAGAGAGACGCCACAUGCUCUAUUUUCUGGAUCUCAUGUACCAGCUACGAGAGUGUUGAACAAGCAUACAUGAAUGUGGCACAGAUAGUAGGGAUCCACGGCAUGGGCUUGACUGCAGCAGAUGCAAAAGUUCUUGUUAAGACAUAUCUCAGCCAGGAAAGAGCUGGGAGAUGGCUUCUAAUUUUCGAGAAUGCUGAUGAUGUGGAUAUGUGGUUUAAGGGUAGCAACACCGCUCCGUCGCUUAGAACCUUCCUCCCUCAGAGUCCACAUGGUCGUGUACUCUUUACCACACGCAACAGGUUGCUAGCCGUGAAACUAGCAUCUCCAAAUGUGAUAACAAUCUCUGAGCUUGAUGAAAAGACUGGGCUAAGGAUGCUUGAAAAAGCACUGCUAUUAAACCAUGUGCCUGUGGAAAAAAGUGCUGCUGUCAGGCUUCUUGAACAGCUAACGUUUCUUCCAUUAGCAAUCACCCAAGCUGCAGCCUAUAUUAAUGGGAACGAGAUCGGCAUCUCUAAAUAUGUGGAACUUCUACAGAAACACGAGUCACAUGUCAUAGAUCUAUUGAGUGAAGACUUUGAGGAUGAGUCUAUCCAGAACCCCGUGGCUACAACAUGGUGGAUAUCAUUCCAACAGAUUGGACGCUUGAAUCAAUUGGCUGCAGAAUAUUUAUCUUUUAUGGCUUGCAUAAACCCACGCGACAUCCCUUGGUCUCUACUUCCUCAAGCUACAUCUGAGAUUGAGGGCGUUAAAGCAAUAGGUCUUCUUAAAGUCUAUUCUUUUAUUAGUGAGCGGGCCGGAGACAACUCGUUGAGUCUUCAUCGACUUGUCUAUCUUGCAACUCGGAACUGGAUGCGACAGAACCAACAGCUUAGCCAACAAAUAACAAAAACAGCUGAUCGAUUCGAAGAAUGUUUUCCAGUUAAUAAUUCUAAUAAUAGGAAGCUGUGGCGAGAAUAUUUACCGCAUGUCUUAUCUCUAAUAGAAGACGACGACUUUCAGAAGGAGCAGAAGAGUUAUAGUGGUCUAAUUCAGAAGACUGGGCAGUGCCUAUAUAGUGACGGGAGGUACAAUGAAGCAGCUACGUUAUUUGACGAAAUUAUGCGUAUGCAAACACAAGGAGAUACCAGUAUCCCAACACUGUCCAACAUGGCCUGGGCAGCAUCAACAUACUUACUUCAGGGCCUAGGGAAGGAAGCAGAGAAGCUAUUUGGACAGGUGGUAAAGACCCACAAACCGGUGCUAGGGCCCGAGCAUCCUAAUACUCUACUCCACAUGAACAGCAUGGCAUUAUUAUAUACGCUAGGGCAAGAAGAUCUGUGCAGCUUAGCCACACUAGCAUUGGUACAUAAGCACCAUGGGCGAUGGACGAGAGCAAAAAAGCUGGAAAUGCAAGUCCUGGAGAGACAUAAAGAGAUGCUAGGGCCAGAGCAUCCCAGCACUCUGGCCAUUAUGGGUAACCUGGAUACAACAUCUAGAUGUCAGGGACUAUUGCGGAAAGCAGAACAGCUGGCAACGCAGGUGCUGGAGAUCCACAAGAAGGUUCUUCGGCCUGAGCAUCCUGAGACUCUGAAAAGUAUGGGCAAUCUAGCCUAUACCUGGAAAUUUCUAAAGGUGCAAGAUCCCCUGGCUUUAAUGGAAAAAUGUGCUCAACUUCAGGAUAAAGUCCUGGGCCCCUAUCACCCCGCUACUGUGGCCAGCCGUGGCAUCCUCAGUAGAUGGCAAAAAGAGGAGAACUCGUCACUAAAAAUGGCCAUUAGACGGGUUCUGAAGAGCACCAUAAAUACCAGUAAGCCUCGUACUAAGCCUGCGGCUAAAAAGUGA